AAGCAAGAAGGUUUUGGCACCAAAAGUAACCAAACAAACAUGGGUGCUUCUAAAGCAUCCAUUUCCCAUCUUCUUCCUUCUUCUUCACUUCGAAACUCCAACAACCUUAACUCAAAAGCUAAACCCAUACAAGUAAAGGUACCCAUCUCCAAAACCCCAUUACAACCCAACACCAAUAGGCGCUUCUUCCUCUUCUCUCUCCCUUUGAUUCCUACUACUUUUCUUCUUUUUACUCCUCCACCUAGUCCUAGUAAUAGUAACGCACACACAGCUCAAAAACCCACUUCUCUAAAUUAUUCUGCUCUCGCCACCUUUGAACCUGUGAGUCCUGAAGAGAGAAAAGCUAGUGCCACCAUUUCUCGCAGAGUUUCAGAAGCUGUGGAGUUGUUGGACAAAGGGAGAGAGUUACAGGCACAAGGUGACUUUAACCAGGCUCUUCAAUAUUUUACUCAGGUGGUUGAGAAAUACAAAGACUUCGCCUUCUCAGACUACGCAAGAGUUGGAAGAGCAUUGGCCUUGUACGAGGUUGGUGACAGAGAUGAGGCAAUUGCAGAAAUGGAGGAUGUGUCCAUAUCUCUGAAGGGAUAUCCAGAAGUUCAUGCUGCUCUAGCAGCAGCCUUAUAUGUGGACAAGCAUGCUCUACUGUUAGCUGAAAACCAAUUCACUAUUGCAACUCUGCUUGAUCCUCACUAUACAGAUCUCUCAUAUGUAAAAGAAACAAAGCAUUGGCCUCCAAGUUUGGUCAGUUCAUUGCAACACUUCAUCAGUCUUUCCUAGGAACCUCUAUUAUAUCCUAUACAACUUGUUAUCAACUAGGACAUACUGUCGUGGCCACCUUUGGGUUCUUUUGGUCACUUUUACUAGCAGAUGAUUAUUAAUAUUGUAUUACCUUGAUAAAUUAUUACAGUGAAAAAAUGGGAUAUGGGAAUUAUGGAUCUUGCUGAAA